UGUGGCACUGGAGCCGCUUUAGGAAUCCAGUCCAAAUGUUUUCCAUAUUAGUUCAGAGCCUUCUCUGUUUUCAAAUAGCAGCCGAGCUGGGCUUAUGGUGAGAGGAGGCUUUGGCAGGAAGGGGAAGGGAAGGGGAGAGUGGCAGACGGCAGGCACGCUCAUCCACCCCAAACACUGCAACAGUAAAAGUCGAGAGUACAGAGAGGGAAAAGAGUGUCAAGAAAGGAGGAGAAAUGGGGCAGGGGCAGAAAGGUUCCUCUGACAAGAAGGAGGGCAAGAAGAAGAAGAGAGAUGUAAGCCCAGCGCAAGAGGACGGUCAUAAGUGCAGAGUCUGUCGCUUCCCUCUGCUCGUCGCCCUGCUCCAGCUGCUGUUGGGGGUGGCCGUCACAGUCGUGGCCUUCCUUAUGUUGGCCAUCAGCCCCUCACUUCUGGCUAGGGAGACGCCACACUGGGCUGGAAUCAUUCUAUGUUUAGUUGCCAUCGUGGGCAUCAUCCUAUACUUCAUCACCUACCACCCUGAUGAGAGAUCGUCUUUGCAAUUCAUUGUCAAGCUCCUGUACUUCAUCCUGUGUACAAUCGGCCUGGUAAUUUCAGUUCUGGUCAUAGCGUUUGCUGGACAUCACUACCAACAGACCAGUAGCUUUAUCUGUGAGCUGGAGGGAGAGGACUGCAUGUGCACUCUGGAUAAAGAUGAUCCCAUAGCCCGCGCCUUCACCUACGAGGAAGUCGGCGACUGCGAGGAGAUCACCGGGACGCUCGCACUCUACUUCCUAAUCCAGAUCCUGCUGAACGUGGCCCAAGCAAUCGUCUGUGCCAUCGGUGCCUUUAUAAUGUGGAAACACCGUUACCAGGUGUUUUUUGCCGGCCUUCAGAUUGGCUCUCCCUCUUCCCAGCAGUGGCAGAAGGUUUAAGGUGAUGAUGACGGAGUUGAUGGGAUGAAUCUGAUCAGGUUGGAAGGUGAUGCCAACAGUGUGAUCACACUCUGACAGUUGGGGACAUUUGCCUUUUUUGGUGUGUGCCUAAGUGUGUUUUCUUUGAUGUCAGUUUAUAUUUACCUUAACUGGUAGUUGUACUAUAUUGGCUUUUUGCACAGAUUUUCUAUACCAUGAGUAACUUUAUACUUCUAGUUGCCAAUACUACAAAAAAUAACAUAAAUAGACAAGGAGAAGCAAAACAGUCAGUCUAUUUUCAAAUAUAUAUUUAUAUAUGUGUUCCACGAUAAUGAUUUUUUGUUUGCUUGUUUCUAAUUAUCUUGACAUUUGCUCUCAUGACUCACAGCUCAUGUGUAAUUGCCAGACAAAAACCUCUACUUAACUCAAAAAAUGUACACAGUCUUGGAAAAUUUCCUUUGGUUUGAGCGACUGAGAUUUAAUGAUCAUGAUUAGUAAGGUAGAUAUUGGCCCUAGUUCAUACUAGUUAUGAAGUACACACACACAUACACACACCAUAAGACCUUAUUCAUUUAAUUAAAUAGUUUAUAGGUUGUUUUUUUAUUUAUUAUGGAGAAUAAGCAUAUCAUUUUUUACUGACUGCCUCUAACCAUUUUACAAAAAAAAAACCUAAAGAAGAAAGAAAACCAGUUUGGAGACAAGUUUGCCUUUUAAAGGGUAUAUGUUGCAAAUGGCACUAUCUUUAAUUUAAUGUAGGCUUUUCUUUUUAUCGCUGAGGUGGAAAUCUGAAAUACUUCUGAAAACGGCCUGAAAACGGCCUGUUCUCGUAAGGUGCCCCCCACCCAUCAGAUCCCAGUGCAACCAUACUGGCUGCACUGUCUAUUCUGUUCUAGGUCUAUUUACGCCUCUUUGCUCUCCUGAUGCUUUAAGUGGCAAGCUGAGUGAUGCCAAAUUAUGGUUUGCAAAAUGUUAAAUAACACUGCCUUAAGCUUUGUUUUCACACGUUAAAGAAUUUCAAAUAUGGUCAAAAUGCUGUAGCAAAUAUUAGUAAAGCAUCCUUUUAUGUCUUAAUUCUUAAAUAAUUCUGUAUUAGUUUGUCUGACGCACAACUAGAGAAGCUUAACGCCAUGAAUAACCUUUGUUUUGUCUCUUUUUCUACUACAUAAACUCUGUAAAUAUUGCAUAAAAUCCUUGAUGAAAAAUAACAGCAAAGUACUUUUCAGCUAAAAUAAGUAAGCCCUGUAAUACUCCAAACAGUCCAAAACAGAUCCUGACAGCAGUAACACAAGCUGGGCAGGGUAUAUACUUCAUGAGACUGGAUCCAGACUGAACUGGGCUGUGGCUUGCGAAGGUGGAUGCCAGGCCAGUAGCCAGCAUGACUCAAACAGCCUGUAGGAGUCAAACUACUGCAGCCACAAAGGGAGGGGGGAAGGGGCCGGGGUGAGGAAAGGGGGACUCAGACAGGCAGCUGGACAGAGGUAACUAAAUCAUCUCACGGUGUUUACAAUGUUUCAGUUGUUUUUUUUUUCAUGCAGAAAAGAGCAAAGGGGAUGAAACAGCCAGAUUUUAUGGUUUUAUGUUUAAAAUGCUUCACUUUACACCGACGUUCAGCUUUAUUUUAGACUUACUCUCAUCUCAGCUGCCGACAGCAGUCGCCUACAGUCUAUACAUGCUGAGCAGGGAAUUGUAAACGUGAGGCAGUUUCCUCAACAAGUUAGAUGAACUAUGUGCCCAAAGGGAGAGUGUAAUUACUGUGCAAUGCAAUUUUCUCUUUGAAUCACGGAAAAAAGGCUGAUUGACUGGGGAUGAUGUAAAAAUACUGUCUAUUUUUCCCAGAAUGGGGUGCUUGAGAAAGGAGCAUUUACAUGAAAAAAAGAUGUCAAUAAGUGCAUUUGCUCUUUCAAGACUGUCAUUCUGUUUGUGGUUACAAAUACAAAUAUUUGUUUCAGUAACACACACUUCUUUUUCGUUUCACCACACACAUGCAGGUCAUACACAGAGAAAGCCAAUUCAGACCAAACCCUCACUCAUGUUCAAACAGAUUUGCUUUUGCCGUUAAUUUCAUCAUAAUUAGUAAAGAAUAAAAAACCAAGCAGAAAGAGAAUCUGUGAGCAUCUUUAACUAUGCCACGGCAAGCGCUUUAUACCUAAAUAUAAUGUUAUAAAACUGAUGGGAAAAUGCAAAUGUAGUCAAUUCAAGCAAUAUCUUCCUUUGUGCAUACUAUUUCAUCCGGAAAGGCAUUUUGCAGCUGCAAAAUCUGUUGUUUUUUCUGCAUACAGCACUGCAUUUGAUAUGACAGUGACAUAGCUGUAAGCAGGGAGAACAACAGGCUAUUUCAGCUUGUUGAUGCUGUUUAAAUAAGAACUUUCUUGUUCUCUUUGCUUGCAAACUAGCUACAGAGGACGCUGAAGAGGAUGUGAUGGACGAUGAUAUACUUUACAGUGUUUUGGCUGACUCAGAUAUUUUUUGCCAGAGUAUGGCUGCACGAGCCAUGCAAUAGGAUGUGGCCAGUGAGGAUCCUUCCAGUACUAGAGCUGCUGAGAGCAAACACUGACUGGUGGUGCCUGUCCUCAAAUUACCCUCUGAUACCAACAGAAAGUGAAUCAUGCUGCUGCAAUGAAUUUCGACCUAGGCCCAUUUUUGUUGGUUGCUAUUGUUGAUGCCAACCCCAGCAGACACCAUGUGUGCAUUAAGUUUUACUCUUUGGACAGAGGUGUGCUGGAGACCUUUUUCAGGAACACAAAGAUAAACUGGAAAGUUUUUUGUCACCUAAUGCUAUGUUUUGGUUUGGUCAGACUAGUGCCAUGAGACCAGUAACAGGCUUGGCAUUGUGCUAUGAAAGCCAGAUUAAACCUCAUAAAGUCUUUUUUCUUUCACUUUAUGCAUGCAUGCAUGCACAGGUACACACACACCACACUGGUCAAUAUCAAGCAUGUUCUCAUCAGCGAUGAGGGGCAUUUCUGAGAUUUGAGGACAUUGGGGGCUUUUAAUUUUAAAUAAGAAAAAAAUGCUUCUAAAUGCACUCCAGCAUCUUAUUCCCCUUUAAACUGUAUUUUAACUUUCCAGAUUAACUAGGAGUUGUGAUAUUAAAGAUACCAUUAGUUGUUUUUAAUUCGUAUUGAGUAGAAAAGAUUUAGAUUUAGAUUUAAACGGGAAGAUUUAGAUCAUUUUGAGGUAGCCUACUUUACCUGAGUAUUUCCAUUUUCUGCUACUUCAUACUUCUUUUAAAUCCAAGAGGGAAAUAUUGUACUUUUUACUGCACUACAUUUUUCAUCAGCUUUAGUGACUUUAAAGACUCAGAUUAAUAGUACAAAAUCUAAUCACCUAAUAAAUAACGAUGUAUUGGCAUACGAACCUCAGAGCAGUAUAUAAAGUAUUUAAAAGAGCUCCACCCUUACCAGCAACACAAAAUAUGCCACUUGAAGGACAAAAUGGACCCCAAACUUGUGUUUCUGAUCAACAAUAUAAUAAUUUUUUGAGGGCAUUAACAUGAAUUGAAGAUUAGAUCAAGGGCUGUUAAUAAAACAUCUGACAUCCAGGCCAAAUAACACCACUGCCAGUGAUGACUCAGGUUCACAUACUAUAAAAGAUGGCCAUCCAAAACACAGUGUUCCCACAUAUUUUCAUGGAAAAAAUUCCCAAACUUUUCCAUGACUUUUCAAGGGCUAAUACAUAUAGAUUUUUCUUCUGCCCCACUUCCCCUGUGUUUUUUUUUUUUUUAAACAUAUCAGAUCCAAACUCUAUUCAAACCUAAUUUCAGCGUGCUGCAUCAUACAUUACAUUAUAAAUAGAGCUAUCAAUGGGAGAUAGCUGUAUCAAUUUCAUCAUUUAGAACAAAAUUCCAUGACUUUUCCAAAAUGUUCAACAAUUUUUACUAAUUACAUGACUUUUCCAGGCCUGGAAAAUAUGAGCGUGAAAUUCCAUGACUUUUCCAGGUUUUCAUUACCGUAAGUCGAUAUGAAAUGUAACUACUGAGCACCUGUAGCCUUUGUUCAGUAUCAGAAUGAAACCAAAUCAUUAAUUAUACAACAAGUAGUUCCCACCAGGCAAUCUCAUUGGUCCACAAUUAACUUAGAAAGUGUUCAUAUUUGCAUGACAGCACACCCUCCUCACCACCAGGAGAAUUACUCAUGUACCGCUCUCGGAGAAAUCAUAUCAUACUAAUUCAAGCAGGGAACAGCAAUAUCAACAAUGAUCACUUUCGUAUACAAAAAUAAUGCUUUACGAUAGAAAAUACAGCUGACCAAAUGAAAAGUAACAGCCAAGUCACUAAUGGUAUAAACCACAAACUAACACAAAGAUGACAUCAACCAGCGUAAACAGACACAUUAUGAACAUUGACAAAAACCGCAUCACUGCUCAAAUGACACUAAAGCAAACCCUCUCAUGUUAUCCUGGCACAGCGGCCAACUGUUUCUGUCUUGCGUUUAGUUAACGACAUAAAACACACAAGUAAAACUGACAUGAAGCCAUAAAUGUACACUGACUCACCAAUCUGUAGACCCUGGCUCCUUUUAGAUAACGUCCAUCCGUUGAUAUCAGUCACGGAGCUGGAAAACUGGUCCUCACGGGCGGAAUAACGUUAGCGGUCCACUAGCUAACUGCUAGCAUAGCCAAAUACACUACAGCCAAUCUUUUCUUCCGUCUAAAAACACGUCUUCUGUUUAUUUUCCUGAUGCAGAUAAGUUAAGGAUAAGGUCGUCCCCCUUUUCGUGAUAAAGUCAUUUUUUUGCGUUGUAAAUCCAAUUUUGAAAAAUCGUUCGGUCCUCGGGUGUCCUCGGCCGCCGCCAUGAUAACAUUGAUGUUGACAUACGUUAGCUAAAACGAGCUGUGACGUAAUGACGUCAAAUACAACUGCGCACGUUUCCAGUGUGGGAUCUCGAUUGUGCGGAUUGUACGUUGAAUCAAUAGCCCACACAAUUGAAAGAUAGAAAUCACAUUACAAACAGUAAUAUUACAAAUAUAAGUUUUUUAAUGAAAUAUUUUUGGUGUAGAAAAUUUGAUUUAAAAGAGAGUUUUUUUUUAUAAUUUACACAACAGAGUGUACAGAGAUGCAGCAUACUUUAAACCUUGACUACUUUUAUAUUAUGUUCAACCUUGCUAGAAUCAUUACCAAAUAAAUGAUUAAAAAAGGUUUUGUCUUCUUUUCUUGGGUAAUUGAGGAAGCCAAACUCCACAUUUUCCCCAAAUAAUAUUAAGUCCGAUUGAACAGACACCGACUGAACAUCCACACUAAAGGUGCCUUUAAGGCAGA